CUCUGACAGGCACGUGAGCGGUGCUACGUAGUCAAUAGCAGUCGACAUGGCGGCCACAUCUCCUCCCAAGGUGUUGUUUGAACACGAGGGAGUCUUUAUUCACACAUCUCCAGAUGAAUCUGAGGACCAGGAUUUAAUAUCGGGAUUCCUCAGGAUUGUUGAUAAGGAUGGUGAAACCCUUGUGGAGUAUAAACCACUAGAGGAUGCAGAUCCCUCAAACAUGCUAUGUGCCUGCAAGGACUCCAGCUCAGUGGUGGAGUGGGCUCAGAGGUCAGGAGACAACCCUCACCGUCCAGUUGACCAUCAGCUGAGCUAUGAAACAGAGUGGGACAUGAUCAAUGCUGUGUCAUUCCGGAGAAAAGUCCACACACAUGGAGAUGGAGGAUCAAACCACGCAAACGAUCGGAACAAGUGGGCCUUCUCUUUUAAUGUGUGUGACCUCAGGUCCAUCACAGUCAAAUGUGAGGGCUGGUCAUACAUCACUUUCCGCUUGAAGGAUGGCACAGCACUGCCAGCUAUUCAUUUCCACCAGGGAGGGAGCACAGCAUUCCUGGAUAGCCUUAGGAUAUCGGUUCAGAUCAACGAGAGUCCCGAUGAUGAAAGUGUCUUGAUUGUCAGCACCUACAGCAAAGCCUUCUCACAGUCCUUUGAGAAUCUUCUGGAUGAUACAAACUAUGGCUUUGUACAGAAAUUCAAGAAGGAUCCUUAUACAACAACACUGGGUGGCUUCUCUAAAGUCACAAACUACCUCUUUGAUGCAUUUCGGGUGCCUGAAUCAGAAUGUCACCAGCGGCCUGCGGAGGAAGUGGCAGAUUUGUUGGGAGAACUCAUUCCUGGACUAGAGAUUAACCAGCAGGAAGAGCCUGGAUUUGAAGUCAUCACCCGACUUGAUCUGGGACCGAGGCCAGAGGUGCAAAGAAGGGGGCCAGUAGCAAUGGAAGAAUGGGCAAAGUACCAGGACUCAGAGGGAAGAAUAACCAAUGUACCUUAUUUAAAGGAUGUUAUAUUUAAAGGGGGUCUUUGCCACGCAGCGAGGAGGGAGGCUUGGAAGUUUUUGCUCGGCUAUUUUCCAUGGAACAGCACUCAUGAAGAAAGGAAGCUACUGCAGAAGAGAAAAACUGACGAAUAUUUCAGAAUGAAGCUUCAGUGGAAGUCAGUAAGCGAGGAGCAAGAAAGAAGAAACUCCAGGUUACGAGAUUAUAGGAGCCUUAUUGAAAAAGAUGUGAACCGAACUGACCGGAAUAACAAAUUUUAUGAAGGCCUGGACAACCCUGGCUUGAUAUUACUACAUGACAUCCUGAUGACGUACUGCAUGUUUGACUUUGAUUUAGGGUAUGUGCAGGGCAUGAGUGAUCUGCUGUCUCCCAUCCUCUAUGUGAUGGAGAAUGAAGUGGAUGCCUUCUGGUGCUUUGUUUCCUUCAUGGAUGAAAUGCAUGAAAACUUUGAAGAGCAGAUGCAGGGGAUGAAGACCCAACUAAUCCAACUCAGCACUUUGCUUCGGCUGCUAGACCUAGCCUUCUGGAACUACCUAGAGGCGCAGGAUUCUGGGUACUUAUAUUUCUGUUUUCGCUGGUUAUUGAUCCGAUUCAAGAGAGAGCUGCAUUUUCAGGAUGUUCUUCGCCUUUGGGAGGUCAUGUGGACCAGACUACCUUGCCAAAACUUUCACCUUCUUGUGUGCUGUGCCAUUUUAGACUCAGAAAAACAAAAAAUUAUGGACAGAAAAUAUGGUUUCAAUGAAAUCCUAAAGCAUAUAAAUGAACUCUCCAUGAAACUGGACAUCGAAGAAAUCCUUAGCAAGUCUGAAGCUAUCUGCAUGCAGAUAAAGAAUUGUAAGGACUUGCCCCAUUCAGUCAGUGAGAUUCUGGGUCUCAACACAGUCACUGAACCCUCUGCAGCAUUAGAAACCAGUGAAUAUGGAAUACUUGAGUCACCUCAGACCUCACCAAGAUCCACACACAGACAAGAUCACAUCGUCUCCAACGGCCACAGCCACUUAAAAGAAUCAACACACAACGGCUGCAAAGAAGCCUUCAUUUCCUAGUGUAUAACACUACAAGAUGUAUAGUACAGAUUUUAUAGCCCCUGUAUUCCAGCAAGAUGAACAGUAUUGGGUGUCAUGUAUAUUUGCUACCAAAUGCCACACUGUAAAAUAUCACAGAGAAAAUAUAUGAAUGUAAAACAAGGAUCCAAAAGGAUCCCUGAAGCAUUAUUUUUGUAAUAUCUUGUACCAUAUUGUCUUUAAUCAUCGAAAUAAUCAUUCCUUCUCAAUGUAUCGAGAGAGUUUUCAUAAAGUUUCAGAGGUGGGGUAUCCAUUGUUGAAUAUUAUUAUUAUUAUUAUUUUUUUUUGUUCUUAUCAGUUUGCCCUUUUCCUAAAUAACUCUGAUUCAAAUUAAAAUUUGUCUUCCUUCCAUUAGUUUGUGAGUAAAAUUUCAGAACACCAUUUAAGACUGGUAACUUUGCUUUUAUUUUUUUUCCUCUUUUUAAGAGAACCCAAAAUGCAUCUUUGCAAGUAAGCCUUUUUGUACACAUAUUAUUGUACUUUAAUUAGGUGUGUGUACUUUGUAAUUAGUCACCUUAGAUAAAAAAAAAAAAAUGCCUCAAAAACAAAUCAAUGUAACUGUCAUAAGAGAAUAUUUGCUUGGCCAUAUAAACUAAAGUCACGUGUAAAUGUGGUUUGAGUCUGCAGUCUUCGUGACAUUUGCAGAUGAGAUGGAGAGACAGUGAAUGUACUGAUUCGGGAUGAAGCGUCUUUUAUCAACUCGUAACCACAGGCCACAACAAAGAAACUGUGAAUCAAGUUCAAUCUCUUUCAUUUCCUCUUCCACAGGAAAUUGCCUCAGAGGAAGCUGGUAGCUCAGUGCUCACCUCAGUAAUCUUAACUCUCUUCUAGCUUUCUUUCAUUAAAGAACGGCAGCAUUUUGUCCACUGACAAGCAUACUCAUUCACCAGAACCCAUAAACAAUAUGCAUCUGUUCUCAAAUUUGGUCAAAAUCAGGUUUCCACAAUUGCUCACAAUGCAUUUUGCCUACAUUGGUGUUUAAAUUAAUUAUGCUGACAUAUUUUAUGAAAACCAUUGCUCUAAUCUCAUGACCUUUUUCUAGCUUUCUAUCUUGAACAUGUUUCUAAAUCCUGGCUCUGAAGGAUAAUCUGUACAAAGGCCUUGAUAUCUUAUAAAAAUGAUGGGUGCUGUUUGCCCUCUGCCCCAUACAGCUGGAAAAUAAAGCACCAUUUAUGGAAAU